AUGGAAACGCUGACGACAGCGACACAGAGCGAAGAAGAAAACCAACAACAAGAAGAACAACAACAGAUACAAAACGAGCUUCAUCUUCACAGUCACAAUCAUCAGACUGUUCAAUGUUCUUCGUCUUCUUCUUCUGCAGACACAAACACAAACACAAUUCCGCUCUCUAUUCAUCUGUCUUUCACAGACACAGAAACCAAUACGGAAAUAGUCAUGAAGAAGAAGAAGAGGUUGAAUAAUAGCGGCAGUAACGGCCACAUCCACCACCACCAUAACGGCGUCGUUUUGGCCAGCCUCAUGUACCAUUUCCGUCGUAAACGGCGUCUCCGCCGCCACCUUUUCCCUCUCCUCUCCGUCAUCUCCGGCUGCUUCCUCCUCCUCUUCGCCGCUUUCUCUCUCCCUCUCCACUCCGUUAACAAUGCGGUGGAGCUCCGGUCGGGUUCGGACUCGGAUCCUUUUCCAGCUUUCAGCGUACCGGCAAGUGAAGGGAGCUUAGGCCGAGAUUUGUGGAGAACGAGUUUCUCCGAGUUGUAUAGAGGUUGCAGUAAUGCCAGCGAUAAGUUUGCUAGUACUGUAUCGGGAACUCCGAUUCUUCAAGUUUAUCGGAUUUUCAACUCGUUUAAUAUCGGACUACUACUUGUUGAUUUUUUGGACUCUAAAGACUGCUUUUUUUCCUUCUGGGUUUUUGAUUCUGCAGGGGCUAAUGUGAAAACGAUUCCAAAUCGGUAUUUGUUGAUUGAUGCUAGUGGAGGCUUGAAUCAGCAAAGAACAGGGAUAACAGAUGCUGUUGUUGCAGCUUACAUAUUGAAUGCUACUCUUGUUGUUCCCCAACUGGAUCAGAAAUCUUUUUGGAAGGAUACCAGUGAGUUUGCUGAAAUCUUUGAUGUGGACCAAUUUAUCUCCUUUCUUUCAAAAGAUGUUAAAAUUGUUAAAGAGAUUCCGCCAAACGGAGGGAAAGUCUUGAGUCCAUUCACCAUGCGUGUUCCAAGGAAGUGUAAUCCAAAAUGCUACCAGAGCCGUGUUCUGCCUGUUCUUAUAAAAAAGCAUGCUGUUCGGCUCUCUAAGUUUGAUUACAGGCUUUCAAACAAGUUGGGUACUCAAUUACAAAGGCUGAGAUGUAGAGUUAACUACCAUGCUUUAACAUUUACCGAUUCUAUUGUUGAAAUGGGAAAAAAUUUGGUUGGGAGGAUGAGGAUGAAAGGCAAGCAUUUCAUUGCCCUGCAUUUGAGGUUUGAACCUGAUAUGCUUGCAUUUUCUGGAUGCGAUUAUGGUGGGGGAGAAAAAGAAAGUAUUGAACUUGGUGAAAUACGGAAGAGGUGGAAAACUUUGCAUACAAGAAACCCUGACAAAGUUCGAAGGCAUGGACGAUGCCCACUCACUCCGGAGGAAGUUGGUCUUAUGCUAAGAGCAUUGGGUUUUGGAAGUGAUGUUCACUUGUAUGUGGCAUCAGGUGAAGUAUAUGGAGGUGAAGAGACAUUGGCACCGCUCAAAGCACUCUUCCCAAAUUUUCAUUCAAAAGAAACUAUAGCCAGCAAGGAGGAGUUGGCUCCAUUUUCAUCAUUUUCUUCUCGUAUGGCUGCACUAGACUUCAUUGUUUGUGAUGAAAGUGAUGUUUUUGUCACCAAUAACAAUGGCAAUAUGGCUAGAAUGUUAGCCGGGCGAAGAAGAUACUUUGGGCACAAACCAACAAUCCGUCCAAAUGCUAAAAAGCUGUACCGGUUGUUCAUGAACCGAAAUAACAUGACAUGGGUAGAGUUUGCCUCCAAAGUUCGAACUUUUCAGAUUGGCUUCAUGGGAGAGCCAAAUGAGGUGAAGCCUGGCACGGGUGAGUUUCAUGAGAACCCUCUAUCGUGCAUAUGUGACAAGUCCGGGAAAAAGGCCAAGGUGGUUUUGAUUCCCCAAAAUGAAACUUAUAAUCGCAAUACAAGUGGCAAGGAGGAUAACACAAAUAAAGAUACUGGUGAUGUGACAGACGAGCAGUCAAUGGAGGAUGAGCUAGAAUGGUCCGAUAUGGAUUAUAUGGAGAAUGUAAAUACGCUUCAAGGGAAAGGGUUCCCUAAUGGAACAGAAUCAGAUCCUAAUAUUUCACUUAAACCUGAGCUACCAGAAUUAGCCGAAGAGUUAUUUUCGGACUAAAAUAAAGAAGACUGCAUUCAUUUCCCAUUGAGAUUAGUUAUAUGCUUUACAUAACCCAAUUUUUCUUCAAAUUCUUUGGAUCCUUUUGUUCCCUCUUCCCUGUUCUGCUUCAAUGGGGCAGCUUUUUCAGAUUAAGUGGCCUCUCAUAAGAAAGCAAUUUGUGUACAUAAAGCCAUUGGCAGUUGAGAAAAUUAGUGUUUCCAGUUUCUUUAUAUGGCUGCACAUGGGGAUGAGCUGCUCCUCUACUUAGAUUUAGGAACUUCUUGUACAUUUGACAACUAGGAUAUGUGGCUAAGGACAAUGUUUUGCUUUAUUUGAGGAUUCUUGCCGUAAGGCCGGGGCAGUUAUAUUAUAGAAGGGAAGGGAAAGGGAAACAGGGAUUUAGAUUGGUUUUAAAACUUAGGCUCAAGUUUUUCCCUUUAGUUCUUUUUAUUUUUAUAAUAGCUAUAUAAUUUUUUUUUUUUU